AUGGCUAUUAUGGAAAUACCCGGUUACUACUAUGAUGAAAUAAAGAAGAAGUACUUUAAGAUAACCAACGGUGGAGUGAGCUCUCAAUAUCAUAAUAAUAUAAUACAAGCUAAGAAAAGACGAAUUGAGCAUGACAUAGAAACAAAAACUAUAAACUCUGAUAUAAAGUCGACUAAAAACACAAGAACAAUCAAAGAAAUCCAGAAAUGGAGACAUUAUGCCAGUCCGUAUAAUUUGCAAAAACUUAGAUUAGGUUUUUGUAAGUUAGACAAACUGACCUACGAUUUUGAAAUGAUGAGAGGAUGGCACUACUUGAAGACGUUGAAAUAUGAGGAUAAUAAAAUAUGGGGAAAAUUUAAAGAUAAAUACUUCAUAAGUACCGAUGGUUGUGUGAUGAACAUAUCUGCAGUGGACGGGCUAGGAACUUUUUCAACAUGUGCUAGGUGUGAUGAAUUGAAAAUAACGAAUUAUCAUCAGCAAUUAACGAAUGAGGGUUUCAUGAUAUUCGAACCAACUAUUGAAGUACUAGUCACUAAUGGGAAGUUUGUUUUUAAAUACAUAACGUUUAGCGCAUGCGAUACAGAUAUGUUCAUGGGAUUUUUUAAAUUUGAAAGAUAUGAUCCAAAAACAAGGAAACAGGACCUCAGUCUCAAUUUAAUACAAUAUGUCAAAACUAUCAACGACAGACGUAUAAAAGGUGAGUUAAUGCUGAUUCUUGGCAUCGGGUUAAUGAAAAUUGAUUCUGAUGACUUCCAUUAUGCGAAUGUGGAAUUCAAAAACAACUGCAGAAUUACGAGUGCAUUAAUACAGGAUAACCAGCUAAUACUUGGAACUAACCGUGGUGAUGGUUACUUAUUUGACUUUACUAAUAGUGGUAAAUUUUAUAAGUGUAAGAGGUUUACAGUGCGAAAGGGAUUAUAUCUGAUUAAAAAGAUCGUAAAAAACGAUAGGAAUACUUUCAUCAGCGGAUCAACUAGUAAACUAUUUGUCUUAGAUAGCAAUAUGCACAUAUCUAUGGUCAUAACUCACGAUGAUGGUGUCAAAGAUUUUCAUGUUCGAGCGAAUAGCGAUAUUAUCAUUGUUGGCUUGAAAUCAAUUAAAGUCUACAACUACAAUGAUCCCCAGUCACAGCCCGUAGCAAUUAAAUAUUUCAAUGAUAAUAUCACUCACCAGAUAUCGUUGUUUGAAGAAAACUAUUUCAUGGUAAAUCAAUCUCACAAUGAGAUUUUGGUUGUGCAUUAUUCCGAUUACAACACUUUUUCGCUAACGCUAGUCAAUAGAGGUAGAUAUUUGGUGAAUUUUAUAAAUCUUUCCUCUGGCAUAUAUAUCUUGCAUUGGGAUUGCGAUGGUAAAAGCAUAUAUGAAAUGUAUAAAAUUUGA